CUAUUACAAGUUGAUUCCGCCUACAGAUUUUCAUGCACAAAUUCGACUACCAUGCGGACGCGCAUCUCCACACGUUGGUUGGCCCAUAUAUAAGCGAGAUUCUGCACAUACUUUAUCGAUAUGGUACGGCAUAUAAUCAAGCGAUGACGGGCACUACUCUUAGACGCAUUCUCAUCGAGCCCACCAAUAUCAGAUCGUUCCCACAUAACACUAUACUUGCAGCUGCGUUGGGUUCCAUAUCUCACAUCUUCAUAAUCCUCUUGCGUAGAGCCUUUCCGUGAACUUCAGCCAGUGGUAUGGGUUCUACACUCGAGGCCUGCUAGUUCGCACAGA